AUGGCUCGUCAAAUUACCCUUUUGGGGAAAGUGGAAGGAUUUCUGUUGAAGAGGCCUUUUCCCCCCUUCUUUGGGGCAUUUUGUCAGACAGGUAGGGUGCAAAGUUCAAUACACUCCAAGAGAACAGGAACACUUGGGAAAUGGUUCCAUUACCACGACAGGGAGACGAUUAGCAGCGGUGCAGCGGUGAAGAAGAAAGACAGGGCAAGAAUGGAGAGCGCGAGGAUACACUCUGCUGUAGUGGCGGCCGGUCUGGCGGCAGGGUUGGCCGCCGAGGCUGCAGCUGGAAAUUCCGGUGGAGGAGGCUCAUUAAUGAGCGUGGCUUUAGCUUCUGCGACGGAACUCAUUGCCUCGUACUGCAUAGAGCUAGCUGAGUUGGCCAGAGCCGAUCACGAGCGAGUCGGCUCGGUGGUGAGAUCGGCCGUCGAUAUUCGGAGCCCUGGUGAUCUUGUUACGCUCACUGCUGCAGCUUCCACAGUUUUAAGAGGAGAAGCAACUCUGAAAUCGAGAUUGCCAAAGGAAGCAACAAAAAAUGCAGCUAAUAGUCCUUACGAUCGGGCAAUGUCGGAUGUUGAUUCCACCUCAAGCUUGGUUUCACAGUCCCAAGACAAGCAUCAACUGACUCCAGCAUGCGAUGGAGAUCUUUUGCAGCAAACUACAAAAGGAGCACUGAGAUGGAAAAAGGUCUAUGUUCACAUCAACAAAAAAAGGUCGUUGUUUAUUAAGAUUAAAAGCAAGCACGUUGGUGGAGCUUUCUCCAAGAACCACAAAGGAAUCAUCUAUGGAGUCUGCGACGAGACAAUUGCAUGGCCAUACAGAAAAGAGAGAGAAAGUUCUGGAGAACUCUACUUUGGAGUCAAAACUGCACAAGGACUUCUGGAGUUCAAGUGCAAGAGCAAGAUUCAGAAGCAAAAAUGGGUCGAUGGGAUUCAAACCCUGCUUCGUUGA